AGUCACAAAGCGUUUCCGGUUCCGUGUUUCGUCGCCAUUUUGCUACAGUUCGUGACACGCAGCAGCAGCAGCAGCAGCGCAAAGUUUCAGCCAGCGACAGAAACAAGCUUAUUGUCGCUUUCAGGGGAUUUUUUUGUUCGAGAUGAGUGGCUGUCGUGUUUUCAUUGGCCAUUUGAGCCCACACGCCAGAGAGAGGGACGUGGAGAAGUUUUUUAAAGGAUAUGGCCGAAUCAGGGAAAUAAAUUUGAAGAAUGGUUUUGGGUUUGUGGAGUUUGAUGACUACAGAGAUGCAGAUGAUGCUGUGUAUGAGUUGAAUGGAAAAGACUUAUGCAAUGAAAGGGUGACUGUUGAGCAUGCUCGGUCCAAGAGAGGUGGAGGCAGAGGAGGUGGUCCAGGCAUGGGGCGUUUUAGCAGUUAUGGCUACCCUUCGUCUCGUAGUGCAGGAUCCAGAUAUGGGCCGCCUGUGCGUACAGACUAUAGGCUGGUUGUGAAGAACCUCUCCACGCGCAUUAGCUGGCAGGACCUUAAGGACUUGAUGAGAAAAGCUGGAGAAGUCACUUUUGUGGAUGCUCACCGUCCCAUACAAAAUGAAGGUGUGGUGGAGUUUGCUUCCCGAAGUGAUAUGAAGAAUGCCCUCUCCAAACUGGAUGGGACUGACUUGAAUGGACGCAAAAUCAAGCUGUAUGAGGACUCCAAAGAUCGUAGCCGUUCUCGCUCACGCAGUUACUCGAGGAGCCGCUCCCGAAGCCGUGGUCGGUCCAGGUCCAGGUCCAGGGGCCGCAGCAGGUCCAGGAGCAGGAGCAGGAGCAGGAGCAGAUCCAGAGGCAGCCGGACUCCAGAGAAGAAGAGCUCCGGCUCCAACAAGAACUCCAACAAAUCCCCUCCAAGGUCUAAAUCCAGAUCCAAGUCCCGUUCUAGAUCUAAAUCCAGGUCUAAAUCUCAUUCCAAGUCCAGAUCUCCCUCCCCAGCUCCUGUUCAGAAAGCACAAUCUCGUUCUAAAUCUCGCUCCAAAUCUCGCUCUAAAUCUCGUUCCAAAUCUCGCUCCAAGUCCCGCUCCAAAUCCCGUUCAAAGUCUCCCUUCAUAUCUCCCUCCAAGUCUAAGUCUAGAUCCAGGUCUCGAUCCCGAUCUCGUUCAGCCUCCGCAGAUAGCAAACACUGAAACUUCCCUUGUACCAUAUUACAAGACUGGUUGUAAUCUUAAUUUGUUUUGGUAAUGGAGAGGAGAAUAUUGCCUUUAUCUUAACUCCCAUCUUAAAUAGGGCCAAGAGCAGCUCUGAUUUAAGUAAUUUAUUUUUGGACAUUUACAUUUUUUGUUUCAAAACAGUUUACUUAAAUCAGUCAACUUUAUUUUAUUAACUUUUGGUGGAGAAAACGUCAGCCUGCGAUCUGCCUUGUAGCCCUACAAUCCCUCUACUGCUUUGCAUUGGGCUGUAUGCUAAUAUUAGAUGAUGCAUUUAUUUUUACAUUGAUGAUAAACUGUGAUUAACUUCUAAAAGGCACUAACAAGGUCCUAGUUUGGCAUUUACAGCCCUUAAAUCUAAAGGAAAUCUCAUUGGUAAUGUGUAAAGCUCUGCAGUAAUCUUGCUAUCCAAAUUUUAUAGAUUGAAGUGUAUGAGGGCCUUGUCUGUUCAGUGUCUGAUUUUUUUUUUUUUUUUUUUUAGUUUGCUGAUUUGUUAAAUGUCAUUCCAACAGGAAAUUGUGUCUUCAUUUGAUACUAAUUAAAGCAUUCAUACAUUUUCUUUAUGUAUGUAGCAGUGUCCUGAAUAUAUGCUGUGUAUUGUUUGUUUCUUUAAAAAUGUUGAAUGUGAAAUUGAGCUUGCAUAUUGAGGAAAAUAAAACUUAAAAAUAA